GUAUCGAUGAUUCGAUGCAUCGAUUCUUCUCGUCUGUGAGCUGAUCGAUUGAACGCUUCUCUGCUGCUGAUCACGAACAGCACGAUUAACCUCUGCAUCUGCACUGAAGGUACUAAAAGAUUUACUGGAAUUGUUACUGGAACCGUUAAGGAACCGGAAUCGUUAAAUUCCUUACGAUUCCCAUCCCUACAUCUGGGAUGGCAUGAUGGUGCAGUAGAGAGUGCCAUGCAGGAAAGAGAGGAGAGGGAGUGAGGCGAUGGGCUGCACCUCAGCCAAGCAGUUGUCAUCUGUACCCAGUGAUGAAGAGGGCCGGGGAAAGGCCUACAGUAAUGGAGAUGCCUUCUCUGAUGAGUACAAACUGAAAGGAGUUGAGAAGGUGAAGUACAUGCAUGGAGAAGAGGAGCGCAAGAACACACGCAACCAAGAGAAUUUGGAAAAGAGCACAACUUUGCACAAGGCCAUGCAUAAAGAUGCCACCGGAAGUAUUAAUAAGAUAAGUAUCCACUCUUCAGAGAGCCAGCAGGAGUUCUUUAGGAUGCUGGAUGAGAAGAUUGAAAAGGGACGAGACUACUGCUCGGAGGACGAGGAUAUGACAUAGCAUGCUGAGAUUUGGGCCAACCGCAGCCAAUCCUGCCCUAAUGUUCUUUAAGACUCCUUUCCAUGCCCCCUCACCCAAUAAAUGCUAAUUAUUAAGGGUUAAUAGCAGGGUUGAAAGUCACUUGCAAACCCUGUUAUUGCCUCAGUUUACAUACUACACACUUCUCCCAGAUGUCUUACCGGUCAGUGUUUGAGACUCUUGAGGACUAGUAUUUAUGAGGUAGGAGGGCAUGGAAAGGCCAUGUUUAAGAAACUGGAUUUUUCCCAAGUUUGGAAUGGGAUGCCAUUUUCAGACUGUUCCUUAAUCCCUUGCCUUACACUACCCAUAAGCCUUCUCCUUCUCAUAGACUACACAUAACGGAGAGUCCUGGAUUUCGCAUGGAAUUUUAAAGAUGGACAACUUUUGGACACUACAUACUUAAAGACAGCACAUGAACCAUCAGGAAUGUGGUGGACACGAAGCGGAGACAACAUGUCCUCUCUGUCUAGGUCAUGCUGUUAAGACAAAAAUGAAAGCAAAUGGACAAACACAAGACCAUUUCUAGCAUUCCAGUGUGUGUGUUGUUGAUUUUUGUACUAUGUAAGCAAAGUAUUUUUCACCCACAAAUGUAUUAUGUCUUUUUUUUUUUUUUUUUUGACAUUUUCUUUUAUGUGUUGCAAUGCUCAGGACAGUGGUGCUGUAUGUAUCGUCACUAGAUUUGUUGUUAGAUGAGUGCAGCACAGUUCCUUCAGUGCUGGUCUUGAGGUUUAAAGGGACAGUGCAACUAAAAAUAAAAAUUCUGUCAUUUAUUUGGAACACAAAAGGAGGUAUUCAGUAACCAUUCGCACUGUAAGGAACAAAGGUCACUUUUGUGUUUCAAGGAAAAAAGUCAUACAGGUUUGGAACAAGUGAGUAAAUGAUGAAACAACAUUCAUUUUUGGUUGAACUAUCCCUUUAAAUACGGCUGAAUGACAGAUAAAUCUCAGCAUCUAGCAGAGUCGUGUUUAGAGACACCAGUUAUAGUAUCUAAAGGUCAUAUCGUUUUCAAAU